GGAAGGGGGAGGAGAGGGCCCGGGAAGGCAGGAGGGAGAGGGAUGGGCAGUUGGCAGGAUGGGCAGCUGGCAGGAUGGGCAGAUGGCGGAGGAACGAUUUGAAUCCUGUGUCGGACGGCAUGAUGGGGACGACGGACGGCAUGGAUGCCUGCACGAGCAGUGGCCAGGCGAUACCGGUGGUCUGGGCCAGGAACACACAGGCGACGGACCAGCACCCACCCUUUAACACGCCCACCCUCACACACACCUAGACACACGCCUCUCACACUGACAAACCCGCAACCCGCAACCCAGGCUACCUGGACUACUUAUUAGGUAGUUAUCACCACCCUCACUCCCUCCACCACAGACCAGCGCCCCGGGACACCCCAGGCCAGACGCGCAGGCCUUGUUACACCUCUGGAGCGCAAUCACCCCGACCGACAUCCCCCCAGCACUCACCACCAGCUGCACCACCACCCCUCCCUGCCUCAUCGACCCGCCACGCCGCCAACCAGCAGCCGCACCAGCAACACGGUAUCAUUGCCACGAGAGAUGGCGCUUACAUGAUGACACGGGUAUUCUUGGAAUCGCCUGCGGAUCCGGUUCACUUGAUGACAGCCAGCCGGGAAUAGCCACCCCAGACCGCACGCACCACAGACACACACACACACACAUACACACGCCCCAACACGCACCACGCCCUCCACCACGGGCGCACAACAGCAGCAGCAACUUCACGACGCACAGCAUCAAGCAUCAUCACGCAUCUAGCAUCAAGCACUCAAACCACCGGCAGCGCCAGGCAUCAGGCAUCAGGCACGACGGGCUCCUUUCCCUCUCGUACCACCACCACCACCACCCCGUCCCCGUGUCCCGUCCCCCUGGCCCUGGGAUAUACCAUGACCCUGGGUCGCAGCUCUUGACAGCAUCCCACCUCUGGACUACCACAAGACAAAACCCAAAUCCGUUCGCCAGACCAGAACACUACAUCUCAAGCGCUGUCUCGUCUCCGUCCCCGUCUCCCAUCACACAACCUCCGCCGCCAGUCCCCAACAAUCCCCAACUUGUGACAGACAAUUCUUCCCCAUGGUUUCGGACCAGCACACACUGACAACCAUGAGGGCUGGCCAAGCAAGCCAGGGUUGCUGGACAUGCAAGAAAAGGAAAAUCGGGUGUGAUAAAGGUCUGCCUUCAUGCAACAACUGCGUGAGGACGGGCCGAGAGUGCAUGGGAUAUGGCCUCCGCCUUGUUUGGCCCGACAUACCAGAUGGCCGCAGAAAAUCACCCAAACUCUCCCUGCAGCACUCGCACGGCCAGCUGCAGGCGUCCGGUUUGUAUUACGGACAGCAGUUCCUCAACAUUUCAUUCGACGAUAUCGAGCAGAACCGCCAGGAUGUCAGCACCUUAACCCUCCAGGACCACCACGCCCGCCCUCAGCAGGCACUGAGGCUUCACCCCGAUCUGGUCGGCCACGAGGCCGAAUUGCUUGCCUAUUAUGAGCACAAGAUCUCCCGCAUGAUCUCCACCGUGGAUGCCAACAACGGCUUCCGCCAUGAGCUCAUACCCAUAGCCGUCAAUGGCUCCAGUUUUGCCGCCAAGGGUCUCCGCAUGGCCAUCCUCGCCCUGUCAGCAUACCACCGUCACGGCCUUGGGGCUGCCCUACCCUACAAGAUUCAGGCCCUUCGGCUCUUGUCCCACUCCCUGGAGAAGGAGUCGUCAGCCGAUGUGCCCAUCGAGUCCCAGCUCGCCGCCUCUAUGAUGCUAUGUGUGUACAACGUUUUUGACGAGGCUGAGGGCAAAUGGCAUCUCCACCUGAACGGCUCGAGAAGCUUACUGCACCGCUAUGCCGACAUGAGAGGCGGCGCACUCGACUACGACUUUCUCAACACCUGGUUCCUAUACCAUGAAAUACUGGGCUCUUUCAGUCAGCCACACAAGCACAAUUACGAGGGUGCUUCAUCACUGGAUCUGCUCCAGGGGAGCGAUGUCGACAGGACCCUGAUUGUAGGCUCCCUUGGGUGCUCGGUCGAGAUCAUGGAAAUUGUUCACCACAUCAACCAGCUGCGAUAUCCGGCUGCACAGAAGUUCCACGAGAAGAGCGGCAGGUCCGAGCUCCCGUCCGUCAUGUGGACAUGUCAGGGCCUGCAAGACAGACUGAGCAGACUCAACCAACGACUGCCACCGGAGAUCGAAAACCAGUCGAUCAGGGAGCAGACAAAGGUCCGCUUGACAGCAGAGCUCUACCGCAUCGCUGCGGUGCUGUACCUGCGGUCCGUCUGCCCCAACAUCGACGCCACAAACCAGACCCCAAUGUGGCUUCAGGCAGGUUUCAGAGUUCUAGCAAACCAAGAUAUCUGCACGAGCCCAUGGCCAUUGUUUGUUGUCGCCUGCGAGUCGCAGGCUGACGAUCAGAGAAUAAUGAUCCUGCGGACACUCGACCGCAUGGAUGCAGAUCGCAAGAUCGGUAAUGUUUUUGUCUUGAGAAAUCUGAUCGAGAAGUACUGGAAGCAGCAAGACCUCCAGGCAGACGGCGACCGAACCAAGCCGCUGAAGUGGUGGGAGCUGAUGAGCUUCGACACUGCUGCGCCGUGGUUUAUCUGACCACUCGGCGUCGGAGGAGCGCGGGCUCAUCUCAUAACGAAAGAAAGAAGUCUCCACAGCACCAUGACUGGGCCAUCUUGGACCAUGUGUUGCUCUUCCAUUAGUUAUCCAGUGGGCUUUUCGGCCACACGAAUGGCUUCGUUUUGAAACAGUGGCCCCGGCGCUGAGAAACAUCGAGCGAUUCGGGGAGCCUUACGAGAUGAGGUUCCUCGUUGCCUUUCAUUGAGUCUGAUUCAACCGGGGGAUAUUCCACCGAUAUGUGGCCUGCUUCGAUCAUAUGAUCAUGCAUGGCCAGUGCCAUCAUUGCUAGCGAGGGGUUUCGGAUUUGGCGACCGUUUUCGCCGAACAUUGCCAGAGGGAUUUCAGUGUGUAUAGAUACCCGGGCUUGUUCGACGGCCUACCACCACAGUACCUGCUGUUGCGAUUUUAAUUUUUCAUUAGCGAACUGGGCAUUUACGAGUAAGGGACUGUUUGGAAUCUCUAGGGUAAAGGAUAGGACCAACUUGGACAAGGUGACGAGUAUGGAGCGAGGAUUUUCCUCUGUGGAUGAGCCUAAAUAACACUGGGGCUGGACAAGGAAAAGUUCACCGCUACGAUUUCGCGGGACGGGUUUGUCGGGGUCUAAAUUGAAGGAACUCACUUUUGAGUGUUGCAAGAACACUGACGGUUGCUCUUGACGAGGUCAGGCCAGGGGGAGACGUUUGGGGAGACUGAUGUAAUAACCUCGGAGGAUUGCAAGAUCCCAAGUAAUGAGAUUGAUGUCAAAGUUU